AUGUCCGAACCAUCUCCAGUCCCUGAUCCUUACGCUCUCAUGGGCAUCAUAAAGAAUCAAGAUGGCUCCAUCACUCGCGACCCCACCAGAUUCCCCCGCGUCCCAGCCACACCUGAUCCCUUCCCGCAAGUCAUAUCCAAAGACGUUCUCGUAAACCCCUCAAACUCAACAUGGAUGCGUCUCUACGUCCCCACUACCGCACUAAACGACAGCGUUUCGUCUAAAAAACUCCCUCUCGUUCUCUACUACCACGGCGGAGGAUUCAUCACAUGCAGCUUCGACCUCAAACUCUUCCACGAGUUCUGCAACCGUCUGGCGCGUGAGUGCAACGUCGUCGUCGCGUCAGCUUCGUACCGUCUAGCUCCGGAGUUUAAACUCCCGGCGGCUUACGAGGACGGAGUCGACGCGCUUAAGUGCCUUAGAGACUCCCCCCACGAGUGGAUCAAAUCUUACGCCGAUAUUUCUAACGUGUUCCUCAUGGGGACAAACUCUGGUGGGAACUUGGCCUACAACGUCGGGCUAGGAUCCGCAUUCGCGGAUCUUAGCCCGUUACGUAUAUGUGGACUCAUCUUACACGCACCGCUCUUCGGCGGCGAAGAGCGGUGCGAGUCUGAGCUCAGACACGUGGACCAUCAGGUUUUUCCGCUUGCUCUCACGGACCUUUGCUGGAACCUUUGUCUCCCUGACGGAGAAAACCGCGAUCACGAGUAUUCGAAUCCAACGGUGGGAGUUGGAGACGUUGGACCUGAUGAUGUUAUGAGGAGAAUCGAACGGUUGGGAUGGAAGGUGAUGGUGAUUGGAGAUGAAGAUUUGCUGCUGAUAGAUAGGCAGAGAGAUGUGGCGGAUUUGUUUAAGAAGAAAGGAGUUGUUGUGGUGGAGCGUUUCACCGGCGACGACGGUGGUGCCGAGAGUACAACUCUGUUUGCUUCCAUCAGAAACUUCAUUUACUCCCCUCCACCGUUACGUUUUUCAUUAAAGGAGGCUUAUAUUAACGGCCCAAUAGCUUAUGACCCUUAA